AUGAAAUUACUAUCAUUUAGAAAGGACUCUCGCUCUCAUGCAGAAACCUUUGAGAAUCUGUAAGCAAGAAUAAGAGAUUUUUCUUAUAAUAGACUGUAUAAUGCAGUAUCCAAUCAACCUAUUAGAAGUGAUUCUACUAAUAGCCAACUUCAACGCUAAGACCUCUAAUAGAUCAUUAAGCAAAUACUCGAUAAUGGAACCAAAUCAUUUAGCAGUGGGUAUAAAUUAAAAGAAUAUCCUUAUUCUCCAAGUAUACAAUCACCAAAUCAAUUGGUUUAAUCUCCAAAAUAGUUUGAAUAUAGCAAUGAAAAGUAAUCUAAUCAGAAAUCAGUUGACCCAUUCAAAUUUGAAACAUUUGGAUUACAUUCAGAUUAAAAUAAGAAAAAAGAAGAUUGUCUACAAUCUGAUGAUUCUUAUUCAAAUGAAAUUGCAAAAUUAAAAAAAUAAUUGGAACCAAUAUCCAAUGUUAGUAGAAAUUAAUUAACAGAAUUAGUCAGAAUAGCCUAAGCUACAAUAAAUGAUAAAAAAAGAAUGUAACAAAACAAUUAGAGAUAUUAGUGGUAAGUAGAGUCUGAAGAUUCAUAUUAAGAAUUUGAUUCGAAAAUCCUUGAUUUACAACAAAAACUAAAAAAAUCAAACGAUUAAUGUGCUUUAUUAAAAAUAGAAAAUAAAAAUCUUAACAACUCAUUAAAAGAUGCUGAAUUAUAACUCAUAAAUUUCCAAGAAAAGUAAAAGUAACAAGAUAAGGAGUUUUCUUAUUUGUAAAAUUAAAUACAAGAAUAUAAUGAUAAUAAUUCUAAAUUAAGAAAAUAAAAUGAUGAGUUGGAAUAUGAAAUCAAAGUAUAAGAACAAUAUAUCAACACUCAAAAACAAAAUAAUUAGUUAAGUGACUUAAAUUUUUAGAAAAAAUUAAAAAUCUUGAAAUUGAUAAAUAAAAUUUAAAGGAUGACAUUUCGAAAUAUUAAAUCCAACUUACCAAAGAAAGAGAAGAAUCAUCAUUAAAAGACGAAAAAAUAUUUGAUUUAGAAAAAAUAAUAGAAUCUUUAAAAGAAUAGGUUUAAGACCAUUCUACCUAAUCAAACCAAUAUAAAUUAAAUAAAUUAUAUAUCUUAAGAAAAAUAAGAUUAAUUUGACAACUUCUUAGAAAUCAAAUAAACUUUAUUGAAUCAAAUUAAUUAGCAAGAAUAAGAUUAUUAAUCUCAAUUAGCAUAAUUAGAUGUUUUAAAACAAUAAGAAUAAUUUAAAUAAGAAAAUUAAUCAUUAAAAGAUUAAAUAAAAAUAAUUCACGAAGAUUUAAUUAAACUUAAGGAAGACAAAGAAUAAUUAUAAAUAUAAAAUGCAAAUCUAACUUCUCAAGUAGGUUAUUUAUUGUAAUAAUCUGAAGAAAAUCAAAUUUUAAUUAAAGAACUAGAAAGUGAAAUUAAAAAACGCUAAUUGCAAUCUUAAGAAUAAGAGAUGCAAAUUUAAUACUAUUAAGAUCAAAUAGAAAAAUAACAUUAAUAAAUUACAAACUUAUAAGCUUCAUUAAAUCAAUAGAAAAAUACCAUAGAUUAAUUUAAUAAUUAACGUAUAAUUUAUCAACUUGAAAUAGAAGAAGCAACCAACUUUAAUAAAUAAUUGCAAAAUCAUUUAAAACAAAGUGAAGAUUAGAAUCUAAUCUUAAAUAAAGAAAAAUAAGGUCUCAUUUCAAACAUAGAUGAAUUGAAUAAAGCAAAUGAUUAUCUUGAAAAAUAAAUAAUCUCAUAUUAUUCUGAAAUAAAUGAAUUAAAAAACUAAUUAAACUAAUAGGAAUAAGAAUUUAAAUAAAUACAAGAGUAAUAAUAACAAUAAGCUCAAAAUGAAAAAGAAUUUUUAAAUGAUUUAAGUUGUUAAUUUGAAAGGGAAAUUGAGAACCUAAAAUAGGAACUAAAUAAAUAUAAAAUAUUAAUUGAUAACUUAAAUAUAUAUAUAGGACAACAAAAAAAUGAUAUCUAAUAAUUAAAUGAAAACUUGGAGAAUAAUUAUGACAAAAUUAAUGAAUUGAAUAAUUAAUUAAAUUAUUAAAAGAAUUAAAAUUAAUAAUUCACUUAAAAAAUUGAAACUCUAAAUAAAGAAAUUUAAAAUCAACAGCAAUUACUCACUAAACUAAAAGAAAAAGAAGAUACUUUUAAUUAAAUCAAUCAUGAGUUUAACUUAUUACAAGAGUAAUACUAAAAAAUUAAUGAUUUGUUCUUAGAAUAGUAGAAUAGUCUUUCAUAAAAUGAAUACUCCUUAACCGAAUAAAAAAAAUAGACUUAAUAACUUUAAGAUGUUAUAAAAGAACUGAAAUAAUUAUUAAUUGUUUCAAAUGAAUAAAUCAAUCAAUUGCAAACUCAAAUUGAAAAUAAAGAAGAAAUGUUAACAUAAAAAAAUGAAUUAGUUGAUUCAACAAAAGGUAAGAAAUUUUAUAAUUAGAGUGUAAAUUAAAGAGAGCAAAUGAUCAAAUACGAUGACGCAUGA